AAGAUGGUAGAUGAAGCUGGUGACAGGGAUGAUCUCUCUAAUGUUGUCAUCAUCAAGGAGGUUUAUGAUAAUGAAAAUGCACUUGAAACAUUUGAGUAUGAGUUAGAGAGAGCACUGGAAUCAGAAUGCAGUUUAAUUGUUAUAGAACCAUCUAAACUAGGUGAUGAAACCUCCAGAUGGAUAGCAGUUGGAAACUGCCUUCACAAGACUGCAGCAUUGUCAGGCCUUGCAGCUAUAACCGCAGGUUUGAUAUGGGUUGACCGACCCUAUAUUUGUGGUCCACUAGGUUUCAUAUCUGUAAUAUCCUGGGGACUUUAUACUGUUUCAUGGCAGUUUGAUCCCUGUUGCCAAUAUCAAGUCGAAACUGACACAAGUAAGCUACCACACGUAGAAUUGUUAGCCGUUUUAGGCCCUUCAUCCCCCACUUUCCUUGUAAGGAAAGAUGAUACACGAAGAAGAAUUCUUCAUACAACCAUUACAUUGGUAGCACUCAGCAUCAGUGCCUGGAGAGUGUAUCAGGCAUUUAAAUGAAAUGAUUCAUAUUUGGAAUGCAAGAAACUAUGUUGUAAAAAGCAGUAAGGUAGGCCAUACGAUGUAUUGUAGAUGAUCGUAAUAAGGCCUAGGAUAGAACUCUGUGAAUUACAAAAAGAAAUACAGAUACGUUUUUGCAUAUAUUAAUGGAGAUUGUUGAGCCACAUGAAGGAUCUGUUUUCAUUCAGUGUUUAUAUUUCUUUUAUGUUUUUGACACUACCUCACAGGUGAAUGCUGAUUUUACACUAGAAGGGGGAAUGCAUAACAAGAUGUACAAAAGAGGAGCCUGUUCUAUGAAUAUUUUCGUCGUAAUAUGUGAUGUUUCUUAAAAAUCCAUAUUGUUACUCUAUGAUCUCCAUCUUGUUGAUUCUAUUGUCACAGUUAAUUUUAAUGCAAAGAAAGACACGAGCAUAUUCACACGAUCACUUAAGUGAAACUACUGGUAUAAGUGUUCUUAGAAAUAUACAAAAUUGCAACCACACCUGGAAAGUUGGAUUUAGAACUAUAUAUUUUUAGAAUGUAAAUAAAGUAGAUAGAAAACAUUGCAUAUGAUUUACUACAAAGAAUGUUGUCUAGAUUUUCUCACCUGAAGGUGUAAGCCCAUGUUCAAAAAAUAAUAUUCUUGUGAAACAUUUUUCGGAAUGCAUUAUUUUUAAUCAUAUUUUUUUGGCAAACAUGAUAAUUGGUAUAAUCCACAAACCUUUUAUCAGUUAUAUAAGAUUCGCAUUACGCAAUAU